GGUGGAGUCCCACCACAGCCACGAGCCGCGCAUAUGUGUGCAGUUCUUGGAAAUAAGGGUUAUAUCUUUGGUGGACGUGUUUUGCAAACUAGGAUGAAUGACUUGCACUAUCUAAACUUAGAUACCUGGAUUUGGUCUGAAGGUAAAAAGCCCAAACAUCGGUCAUGGCAUACUUUAACACCAAUAGCUGAAUGAUAAGCUUUUCCUAUUGGUGGCCUAAGUGCAGAUAAAUCCCAUUAAGUAAGUGAUGGUUGGAUUCACAAUAUCAUAACAAAUUGUUGGAAACAACUUAUUCAUUUACCUAACACAAGACCCAGGUUAUGGCACACAGCCUGUUUGGGAAAGGAAAAUGAAGUAAUGGUAUUUGGUGGGAGCAAAGAUGAUUUACUUUCCUUGGAUACAGGUCACUGUAAUGAUUUGUUGAUCUUUCAAACACAGCCUUAUUCACUACUCAGAUCAUGCCUUGACUGUAUUGGUAAAAAUGCUAUCAUUUUAAAAAGUCAAAUAUCUUUAUUACCUCCUAAACUUCUGCAACAAGUACUCAAAAAAAUAACAUUUUGGACUGCAGCUAAUCACCGAGAAGAACAAAGAGUCCAAAAAGAAGAAAGAGAAAAUAAGUGUCAGUGGAGCAGUAGCGACUGAAUUGUUAGUCUGUAUGUGCAAUAUGUUUGAACGUUUUAGUGAGACUGUACAGUUACCGUUCCCACCCAAUUCAGGCUUUAUUUAAAGGAUAAAAUUUGAAACAAAAAUGUCUGUUAAAGUGAUUGUAUGGCAUGGGAUAUAUGGAAAUAAGAUGUUAAUACAGAUUAAUUUAUAUUUGUAAACCAAUUAAACUAUAGAACAAAUAUUCUUUCCAAAAGUAAGUACAGUGAUAAUAGAACUUAACUCAGUGAGUACCCUUGACUGGAAAGAUUAUGCAAAUUUGAGAGUAAGAAAUUACCCUAUGGACUUCAGAAAU